UGGACAGAUUUAACCAUUAGGCGGUACUGUGCCAUUCUUCAUGAAGCUUUUUCCAUCUCCAGCCCUGAGGACAACACUGUAUCUCUGCUUUGGUUUGCUCCCUAAUUGACCUAAAUACAGCGUCUACAGUCCCUCCAGGCAGACUAUCACACAGUCUACAUGAGAGGCUCCGAAGAACGAGACAGUCUCGGUUUUUUUUGCUGGAGUAAUUCCUCGUCUCUUCCAGACGAAAUUUCUGUCUGGGUCUCUUACAGCGGAGGCUUGAGCUCUUGUUGCUCUAAAGGAUUGCGUCGGGAUGGUUCACGCGGAGCGGAAGACACUCCUGGCUGGAAAUAAGACACGUUCCCGGGAAUGAUUUUAUAAAAUCUAAAUCUGGGAUUUAAAAAAAAAAAAGCUGCCUGGGGAAGGAAGGACAGAAAAAAGUAAACAUGCUUGACAAAAACGCGCCGAGACCGAAGCUGGGUCCUCCGUCGAGAGGUUCGUCUUUUUACAUUGAGAAUUUGCUGCGGACUGCAUACAGAGGGGCUUCAGCUGAGGAGCGGGUGGACACCCCGAGCUUCAAAGUUGCCGUCAGCGGCCCGGUGGUCUGUCCGGGACUGGAAACAAAACGCCUGGACGACAGCAAAGUGCUGAAGUGGAGCGGGACAUCACCAAACACAGCGAAUGGCACCUCGAGAAGUCCACAGUACAAGAACGAUCACACAGACCCUGCGCCUGCGAGCGACCGGGAUUCCCCAACGUUAACAGGACGGGCGGAGGAGAAGGGGGACGAUAGUUUGCCGGAUGACAGAGAGGAGGAGGACGCGCGCUCCUCCUACAGCUGUGACACAGGUGACAUGAAAGUGGCGCGAAAAAAGAAGACCCGCACCGUGUUCAGCCGGAGUCAGGUGUUCCAGCUCGAGUCCACUUUCGACCUGAAGCGCUACCUGAGCAGCUCGGAGCGAGCCGGGCUGGCCGCCUCGCUGCAGCUCACCGAGACCCAGGUGAAGAUCUGGUUUCAAAACCGCAGGAACAAGUGGAAGAGGCAGAUCGCUGCAGACAUGGAGGCCAGCAGCGCCGCCAUCCCGUACGCUGCCCAGAGGGUGGUCAGAGUUCCCGUGUUGUAUCGCGAGAAUGGCACCUCGCCUGCGACGCUGACCGGCCUGCCUCCAGUGACGCCAUCGGUGUUCGGCUUCUCUAAUUCUAUCAGCUAUCCAUUGACUUCCCACUUCAGCCAUCCGGUGUCGUUCAUAACGCCACAGAUGACUGGACUGGUGUGACUUUAAGGGCGGAAGGGAUGUUAAAGAUGCCGCGCAUACUUGUGACUGUUUUGACACCAAUUGAUCAAAUAAAGAUGCUGCAGAAAUAUUCA